AUGGUCAUGAAUACAAGUUAAGCUAUGAACAAAUUAUGUCAAAGGUCCUAUAGAGAGAAUUAGCCAAUAACCAGAAGAGUGCACUUUUAGCUGAGACUCCUUUUAAAUUCCUGCUGUAUUUCCCUCCCAAGAUAGUAGAGAAAGCCAAAGCGAUGGCCGAAAGCCGAGCCCGCAAGAAGCCCAGGAUCUUGUGCCUCCACGGUUUCAGGAUGAGCGCUAAGAUCCUCGAGACGCAGAUCCAUCAGUGGCCCGAAUCCGUCCUGGAGAAGCUGGACCUGGUGUUCCUCGACGCCCCUUACCCGUCCAGAGGCAAGUCUGGCGUGGAGGGCAUCUUCGAUCCUCCCUACUUCGAGUGGUUCCAGGGCAAUCAGGAUUUUACAGAGUACGAGAACUUCGAAGAGUGCAUCGCCUUCAUUGAAGAUUUCAUGGUGAAGAACGGUCCCUUUGAUGGUUUACUGGGUUUUUCCCAGGGGGCAGCUCUGUCUGCUGCAUUGCCAGGAAUGCAGGGGAAGGGAUUGGUACUCACAAUGGUGCCCAAAAUUAAGUUUGUGAUUCUAGUUUCUGGGGCUAAGUUGGGUGGAUCAAAAUACAGUGCGCCUAGGCUGGCCACUAACGCAUUUUCCACUCCUAUCGAGUGCCCGUCUCUUCAUGUUAUCGGUGAAACCGAUUUCCAGAAGACGGAGGGAAUUGCUCUGCUUGAUUUAUUUGUGGAUCCGCUAGUCAUUCAUCAUCCGGAGGGCCACACAGUCCCCAACCUUGAUAAUCAGAGCCUAGAGAUUGCGCAGAAUUUCAUCGAGAAGAUCCAGAAUUUGGCUGCUGCAUGAGUCACGCUUUCUUUCAACUCAGCUACGAUGAUGAUAGUGAUUCUCAACAGAGAUUUUCACUUCUUCUUAACGAAUCUGCUCCGAAAAAAAUCUACUACUAUCUUUAGCAUGAA